GGCGGGGGCGGGUCCCUGAGCGCUGACGUCCUGAGCGGUGCUGGGAAGUAUAGGCUGUGUUGUCACGCCGGUGUCAGUCUGAUGAAGAUUGGCAUCAGGUGAAGUCUGGAGCAGGACGCCGGGGCUGUCUGUCCUCCAUGCCGCUCAGCAGAAGAGGGACUGUGAACUGUGUGCUGGCUGGAGCUGACAGGAAGGCUUUCUGGCCCAGCUGGAAGUGAGACGAGGGGGUGCGUCUCCUGAGAGCCAUCCAGGAGGCCGCCAGGAUCACCAAACAAUCCUUGAUGUGAAUCAAUCCCAUGAUGCAACAUGCCUCCCCAGCCCCAGCUCUGACGAUGAUGGCCACGCAAAAUGUCCCUCCCCCACCCUACCAGGACAGUCCACAGAUGACGGCAACUGCUCAGACACCCUCCAAGGCCCAGGCUGUCCACAUCUCCGCCCCCGCAGCUGCUGCCAGCACUCCCGUGCCCAGCGCCCCCAUCGACCCCCAGGCCCAGCUGGAGGCUGACAAGCGAGCUGUGUACAGGCACCCUCUUUUCCCGCUUCUGACGCUGCUGUUUGAGAAAUGUGAACAGGCCACCCAGGGCUCUGAGUGCAUCACGUCCGCCAGCUUCGACGUGGACAUCGAGAACUUCGUCCACCAGCAGGAGCAGGAGCACAAACCCUUCUUCAGCGACGACCCGGAACUGGACAAUCUGAUGGUGAAGGCAAUCCAGGUCCUGAGAAUCCACCUGCUGGAGCUGGAGAAAGUCAACGAACUCUGCAAGGACUUUUGUAACCGUUACAUCACCUGCCUCAAAACCAAGAUGCACAGCGAUAACCUGCUCAGGAAUGAUCUCGGGGGGCCCUACUCCCCCAACCAGCCCUCCAUAAAUCUUCACUCACAGGACCUCCUGCAGAACUCUCCCAAUUCCAUGUCUGGAGUCUCCAGUAACCCCCAGGGCAUUGUGGUCCCAGCCUCUGCGCUCCAGCAGAGCAACAUCGCCAUGACAACUGUCAACUCACAAGUGGUGUCAGGUGGAGCCUUAUACCAGCCAGUUACCAUGGUAACCUCCCAGGGUCAGGUGGUCACCCAAGCAAUCCCCCAGGGAGCCAUCCAGAUCCAGAACACACAGGUUAACCUUGACCUCACUUCCCUCCUGGACAAUGAGGAUAAGAAGUCCAAGAACAAACGUGGAGUCUUGCCGAAGCAUGCCACCAAUAUCAUGCGUUCUUGGCUCUUCCAGCAUCUCAUGCACCCCUACCCCACGGAGGAUGAGAAGAGGCAGAUCGCAGCCCAGACGAACCUCACCCUCUUGCAAGUCAAUAACUGGUUCAUCAACGCCCGGAGGCGCAUCCUGCAGCCCAUGCUGGACGCCAGCAACCCCGACCCUGCCCCUAAAGCCAAGAAGAUCAAGUCGCAGCACCGGCCCACCCAAAGAUUCUGGCCCAACUCCAUCGCUGCGGGGGUGCUGCAGCAGCAGGGCGGCGCCCCAGGGACGAGCCCCGAUGGCUCCAUCAGCCUGGACAACCUGCAGUCCCUGUCCUCGGACAAUGCCACCAUGGCCAUGCAGCAGGCGAUGAUGGCCGCACACGAGGACUCGUUGGACGGGACGGAAGAGGAGGACGAGGACGAGAUGGAAGAGGAAGAGGAAGAGGAACUGGAGGAGGAGGCUGACGAGCUUCAAACGACAAAUGUCGGUGACCUGGGCUUGGAACACAGUGACCCCCUGGAGUAGUUGGCGGCCCAGAUGGCGCUGAUGGCCCGGCAGGAGCGGAGUGUCGCCAGGAGGGUUUCAGGGUGGGGGGGAAGGGGACGUAGGCAGGCAGACCGAGGAAGCUGGGCCCCAGCUUCCCAAAAUCAGUAGCUUGAAAAAAUGCAGAGGAGACACCUGCUCCUUCCCAACCCCCGAGCUUCCAUGGUACCCCAGCCCUGCUCCCCUAGAGCCGCGGAGGACUUGGUUUGGUGGGGCUGGUCCAGCCACCCGCGAGGAAAGGCAGGAGUGAGAUCUGGAUUCAUCAAAGCUCCAGGGCGGAUGGCCCCUGGGGGCCCCGACGGAAGGACUUGCAUCGUUUACAAGCCCUGCGCUGUGAGGCGGACCAGUGCUGUUCGCAGACAGCCUUUGCCAGGGGACACACUUAGGAGAAGAGGCAGAGACAAGGGGGUUGGGGUUCCACGCCCCCCACAGGUUCUCAGCUCCUCUGAGAGACGUUCAAGGGCAGGAGGGAGCCCGAACAUCGAGCCGGUGGCUGGAGGACUGGCAAGGCCUGAAGCAUCACGUGUGCAGAUCAGAGAGAGGCCCAGAUUCCGCGGGGCUCCAGCUCCUUCUUCCGAGGCCCCGUCUCCCGGCUCAGGCAACCAUGGACUUGGGAGGGGGGGAUGGAGCCACCAGAGCCGACUGCUCUUUCUCCCUCCCCCCUCCCUCCCUCUCUCCUGGAAACAAACAGUAAGGUGGUGAGCUCAAAUUGUAGGAGAUUAAGAGGAGUCCCUUUACCUGGUUUGGCUCCAGGACCCACGGAGGCAGCAGGACCCGGGCCAGGAGCCUCAUCAGAGUGACUUUGGGGAGUGCAGCUGUCCCCAGGCGUUCCCGGAACUGAGCUCCUGUGACGACAGGACAGUGGUGUCUUGUCCCAGAUGCUCCAGCCCUCAGGUGGGGCUCCUCUUCUGGCCCACCCUCCCCCCACAGACCAUCAGAGAGGGUGGGGCCAGGGUUGCUUGGAACCCUCGGCCCUCUGCUCCAGGCUCGCUUCAGCGGUCGCCACCUCUCUUCCUCGUCCUCUCCUUCGAAGGAGGCAGAAGAAACAUUGGAGGGGAGCAUCCAGCCCAGUGAAAAGCCAGGGGUUGGAGAAGGUGCUACAUACCUCCUCCCGUCAAUUUCCAAAGUGUGUGGGGGGCCACGGAAAUGGCCCCUAAGAGCCAAAUGGUGCCCCCACCUGUCUCCCUAACUGCACCCCACCGUCACACUCGGCCCUGGGGCCCUGGGGCUCCCGCAGGGAGGAGGCUCUCCACCGUCUGCCCUGACACACACCCUCCACCCCAACCUCUGGUCCCCACGGCUGGCAACCCCCUCCCCACCCCACCCCUCACCCCAGUGGCUGUGAAGGCAGGACCGACCACACACCUGUUUCCCAUUGAGUUUAGUUUAACGGACUUGCGGUUUCAUUCGUACACUGUUCGUCGGCCGUCUUCUGUGGCAGAACGUGCGUGGCCGCCUGGCUCAGCGUGGGGGACCCUCAGGGCCCUCUGGGGGCUCCCCCUCCCCCACCUGGCUGGGGUGGAGCCGAAGGACGGCCGCUUUCCUGAGGUCUCCCUAAAAUGAAUGUAUUUCUUCCCCAAAAGAGCUGAUAUUUAAUGUUUUAAUAGGGAUUUUUGAAAAACAAAUAACCUUAUUUAUAAUCUUGACGAUUCGAUCAUUUUUUACUCCCUUUUGAUGCCACAGGUAGGAGAGAGUCUAGCUUUUUGGCACCGUGCAGUGGGACAAAAUACACUUCCUUUUCUGGUUGGUUUUUCUUGGUCACACACACACACACACACACACGCACACACGCAUGCACUGACACGCGCACACCCACUGACCACCCUGGACGGGCACCGCACCCCGGCCCAGCGCCUGCACACACGUGCCCACGCCUCCUCCCAGCCCCUCCGCCUGCCUCAUGUUAUGCAACCUCCUGAUGUAUCCACCAAACCAGUGCUGAAUGUGGCUGAGAAGUUUCCAGUAAAUCUCAU